AGACUUACAGUAGGACACUCUGCUACCUGAUUUGUUUCUAACCGCGAACUGUACGACGACGCCCUCACGUGAAGACACCGCUCUCUCCCGCUGCAACUCUUCCCUUUCGCUCGUACUUCACUGAACCUCCGAGAAUGAGCCUGCCGACCCUCGAGACGUGCCGCCAGCUGUUCGGCGACGUGUUGCGCGCCGCCGUUGCUGCGCAAUCCGUGAAGGCGGAUGAGCCGGCCGCCGACACGCCGGCCGAUGCUGGCGAUGAUGAUGAUGGCAAGUGCUCGUCGCUGGAGGGCACGUACGAGGUUGGGCUGCACAUUGGUGCGAUCUUCAUCAUCCUCGCCGCGUCGCUGCUCGGCACGCUGAUCCCGCUGGUGGGCAAGCGCGUGCCUGCGCUGCGUCUGCAUCCGUACGUGUACGCUGUGGGCAAGUCCACCGCGACCGGCGUUGUGCUUGCUGUCGCGAUGAUCCACAUGAUCGGCGAGGCGACGUCGGACUUCGACCAGGACUGCGUCUCCGAGAGCUUCCGCGACAUGUACGAGGGGUGGGCGUUCCUGUUUGCGAUGAUCGCUGCGGUGCUGAUGCACGCCGUGGACGGGACCGUUGCGUGGAUUGCGGAGCGCUGGAGCACGCGUGCUGCGGAGCACGAGGCUGGCUCUGCUGCUGUGCGCGCCGGUGCGGCGAAUCCGUGCGAUGACUCGCUGUGCAAGGAGUGCCCUGCGCGCGAGGUGGAGGCCCGGCAGCGUGGCGCCGACAAGCAGGACGGCGUCAACAGCGACGAGAUGGACGUUGUCAUGAUGGACUCGCGCGGCGCUGUGGGCGAUCCCGAGCCGGAGCAGUGCGACCAGGGUGCGGCGUGCCACGGCCACCAGCACGGUGUGGCGGUGCCGUCGGACAUGCCGCUUGUGCAGCGCGCUGUUGCCGCGAUCUGCAUGGAGUUCGGUGUGACGCUGCACAGCGUGUUCGUGGGCCUUGCCGUUGCCGUGUCCAACGGGAGCGACCUGCGCGCACUGAUCAUUGCGCUUGUGUUCCACCAGAUGUUCGAGGGCCUCGCGAUGGGAGCCCGUCUCGCGGAUGCUUCUUUCAAGCUGUCGCUGGAGAUUGUGCUGAUGCUCGUGUUCUCGUUCUCCGCGCCGAUCGGCAUUGCCGCUGGCACCGGCGCCGUGGUUGCGUCGCGCGACGCGUUCUCGGGCCCGUCGUACGCGAUCGUGAGCGCCGUGCUGGACUCGAUCUGCGGCGGCAUCAUGCUGUACAUCGCCUUCAACCUGCUGUUCGUGGACUUCGCGUUCGACAUCCGCACGCACUGCAGCGCUGGCCGCCCUUACGCCAUCAUCAAGCGCAUGGGACUGUACGCGGGUCUGUGGAUUGGCGCCGGCGUGAUGGCUCUGAUCGGUAAGUGGCUGUAG